AUGGCGGACGUUCCUCAGUGGCCGUCGCUCUAUAACCCCGGCAUUGAGCUGCUCAAUAUUCCCCACCAUGAUCCCGUUCAGCCUUUGGGGAAAUAUCUCACUCGACCGGGGGACAUUUUCCGGUUCACACUCUACUGGACACUCAUAUUCUAUAUACCCACAUUUCUUCUAUGCGCACUGUACGCCUUCGUCAACCUCACAUUCCCGCCUACCCACCGGAAACAUGGUCGAAAAGAGGCCUUAGACGGCACCCAUCUGGGUCCGACAACCUAUCCACUUUCGCCAAUUAGUCCUCGCCCGCCAUAUUUCUCUUCGCCGAGAGCUUCUGCUAUGCCCAAUGCCCACAUUCUCCCAGCCACUCCAACGUCCCCCAUGACCAACCGUAAACACCCAUCCAACUCGUCGUCAGUCCACACUCCGCUUCUCCGCCCAAAUCCUACCCUCCCAGCCCGUCCCAACCGAGUGCGGUCACGCACAACAUUCGCGUUGCUCGUUCUACUGGCAUUCCUCACGUUGAGUCUGACUGGGGCAGUUCUUAGCUCUGCAAUCGUUGGCUUUGGCGUUGCGGGAGUCUACCGAGCUUCCGGAUUUGUCGUCUCUACUUGGGUUCCAUUUGUGUGGGCAUUGAUCAGUGCAUUGGUCGGGUUUCUGAGCAUCUGGCCUUCUGUAAUCGACAUCAUCUAG